AUAAAGUUGAGGGACCAUUCCUUAAUCCCGAUUUAUAUAUAAACUCAUUUCCCUCAAAAAUUCAACCAUUCUCAUCUUCUCCUCUCCGAUCUUAUCUCACAGAAAAGCUAAGUGGAACCCCCAAAUUUCACCAACUACAAUGGCGAUGGCUUUCAAGAUGGCGACGAUGGGGAUGCGAGUGACGGAUGAGUGCAAAAACUCGUUCAUGGAGAUGAAGUGGAAGAAGGUGUCGAGGUACAUCGUGUUUAAGAUCGACGAAGGCUCGAAGCGACUGACGGUGGACAAGGUCGGCGCCGCCGGGGAGGGCUACGACGAGAUGGCGGCCGCCUUGCCGAACGACGACUGCCGCUACGCCGUCUUCGAUUUCGACUUCGUCUCCGUCGACAACUGCCGCAAGAGCAAGAUCUUCUUCAUCGCCUGGGCCCCAACAGCAUCAAGAAUAAGGGCAAAAAUAUUGUACGCAACAUCCAAAGAUGGAUUGAGGAGGGCAUUGGAUGGAAUUCAUUAUGAAUUGCAAGCCACUGAUCCAACUGAGAUGGGGUUCGAUCUCAUAAAGGAAAGAGUUAAAUAGUUUUGUUUAUCAUUUUCAUAAUUAUCUUAAAUCAAAUCAUGUUUGAGAAUUACUAUAAUACGAAUAAUCAAAUCGCCUAGUUUGAUUGAAUAAUCCCCACUUAGUUAAGACCUAUGCUUUCUUCGUGUUAGUGUGUCCCAUCCCCCAUCCAUCACCCUUUUACAGCAUGUGGUGCUAAUUGUAUUAAUCAGUAAAUCACUUUUGUAAUAAUUUUUGGCAAACAAUCUUUAAUUUACCAAUCAUGCAUAGUUUACCAGCUAA